AUGGAAGAAACGGAAGACGUAGAAUUUGUAUCUGCUGAACAUGAUCGCUUAGUAAGUGCUGUUUCUAAAUUAGAUAAAACUCAACAUAUAACUGAACCUACACGGAAUGAGCCAACAAAUUUAAAUACAGAAUUUAAUCUGAUAAAAAUAUCAAAUAAGCUUAACCUCAACAACAUAGUAAAAGUUUUAGAGGAUACUGCUCACCAUGUCAAAAUAAGUAAAAAAUUAAAAGAAAGUCAGAAGUCGUCUAAAAUACUGCCUAAGCCAUUAGAGAAACCUCAAGCUGAACGAAUAAAGAGAGCCACUGGGUAUGAGCAAACUAAGAAGAAAGUAGGAAGAUGGGAUCCAGUUGUUGCCCGAAAUCGUACAGUAGAUUUUGUGACAUUUCCUUUAAAGAAUGUUAAUACUAAACUUCAGCCAACACAGGAAUUUUUGUCAAAAUUAAAGUUAAAAUCUCCACUUGAAAAAGAAUUAGAGGAAGUAGAUCCACCUGCUGCUGAAGAUCCAGAGGAGGAGGAAGAACCUUUGUAUCCUAUGUCAUAUGAAGAAAUGCUUGAACACAGACAGCAGCUUGCGAAACUAAGGGCUCAACAAUCUUACCAAGCAGCUAAAGCCAAAAGACAAAGUAAAAUAAAGAGCAAGAAAUACCAUCGUAUAUUAAAAAAAGAUAAGCUUAAACAGCAGUUAAAAGAAUUUGAAGAACUGCAAAGUAAGAAUCCUGAAGAAGCAUUAAAGAAACUGGAGGCACUUGAAAAAGCUAGAGCUUUAGAGAGGCAUACACUUCGGCACAAAAAUACAGGAAAAUGGGCCAAAAGCAAACUAGUGAGAGCAAAGUAUGACAAAGAGGUCAGACAACAAUUAGCUGAGCAAUUAGCAGUCAGUAAAUCUCUUACUCAUAAAACAGUAGACAUAGAAAGUUCUGAUGAGGAUGCUGAUAACAAUGAAGAAAUUCAAGAUAUAGCCCUUUCACAAGAUCCUGCAAAUCCUUGGAUGAUGAGAAGAGCAGAUAAAGAUAAUGUAGAUGCUGCAUUUGACUUUGGCUAUAAAAAGUUUCUUAAAAACAAAAUGUUCAAACGACAAGAAGCUAGUGGUUCAGAAUCUGAUCAGGAUUUCUCGGAGACUGGUAAUCAGAAUAAAACAGAAUGUGUACUCAAACUUUUAAAGGAGAGUGUUAAUAAAAUAGGUCACAAAGAAAAUGAUGAUCAUUCUGGAAAAACUGCAGAUUCCAAUGAUGUUUUAAAUGAACCAGCCAAGAAAAAGCCUAAAAUGUCAAAUAAACAUCCUCCUGUCGAAAAUAGAACACUAAAGAGAAAAACAGAAAUAGUUGCUACAUCAAAUUGGGUUGUUGUCCCUGUAACUACAAAUCAAAAGGAGGAACAAGUUAAGGCUUCAGAAGAUAUUUCGAACAUUUUUGAAUCAUUUGAAAACAAAGUUGUAGGCAAAGUAGCAAAAAAAAUUAAAAAGUUAAAAAAGCAAUUUGAUAACAUGGAAAAAAAAUCUGUGGCAGCAAGCAAAAACGAAGCCAGUACACAUACUGAUGAAAAGUAUGAGUUAGAAUAUUUAAAAUUUAAAAAUCAAAACAAAAAACCAAUAAUUGAUGAACCAUUAAUAGAAACAAACACUAAAACAGAUGUUUCCAAGGAUGAAAAUAAAUCAUUGACCAAGGCAUUGAUAUCCAAUGAAAAACAAGAUAAUUCGAAUACAGAUAUAGAUCCUAGCAGGUUUAUUGAAGUCAAGCCAAAAUAUUUAAACACAUCUGUGCCGAAAGAUGUAAAUGAAUAUGAUAAUUUGGAUGAUGAUGAUGAACAAGUUGUUCCAAAAAUAGAUAUUGAAGAAGUGUUUGAAGAAGAUGAUGUUGUAGCUAGUUUUAGACAAGAAAAAGAAAAUGAAAUAAAUAAAGAUAAACCACAAGACAUAGACUUAAGUUUACCAGGGUGGGGACAGUGGGGAGGCAAAGGUGUUAAAGCUUCUCGGCGAAAGAAAAAUAGGUUUAUUUUAAAAGCACCACCAAAUGUCCCACGACGUGACGAAAAUAAGGGCGAUGUAAUUAUUAAAGAAUAUAAAGACCCAAAACUCGCUUCACAUAAAGUGUCAGAUAUACCAUUUCCAUUUAGCAGUGUUAAAGAUUAUGAAGCUUCAAUUAGAAUUCCACUUGGAAACACUUUCAUCCCUGAAAAGGCACACAAAAAACUUAUUCGUCCAGCUGUGAUCACAAAAGCAGGUGCAAUUAUUGAACCAAUGGAUGAAGAGGAGUUACUUGUCUCUAGAAAUCGUACCUUUAGAAAUGAAGCUGUUAUUAGGUUGUUAGCAAAGAAAUAA